AUUUAGUACUCACCUAAGUAUACUGAUCUUUAACCUGCGGUUCGUUGCAGUACAGAAAUUCUAGUUUUUUUAAGAGACUUCAGGUUGCAUGUUUUCAUAUAACUGUCUUAUUUGAUCCUGAAUCAGUUAGUGAUUCGUAUGCAUGUGUGCAAUUUUUAAUGAGAUACAAUGACAUACGGGGACUCCUUUUUAUCUCUAGUUAUUUUGCUUAACAUGUAUAUGUAAUGUAUGUAUCAUAACCUGGAAAUGCAAAUUACUCACGGAUAUUUAGCACUAAUCUAGUUAAUACUCCGUGUGUUUUUCAGUUGUGAAUAAUGAAAUAUUUGGUGUGCUUUUAUAUAUGAUGCUGUCUUUUGUUGCUUCCAUCUUCUGGAUUUUUAACGAAUUUACCGGAUGUCAUAGAAAACGGGGGCUAUUUGUCAUGGCAUCUGUAAAUGAUCUUAUUUCUUUGAUUCUGAUUGUAGGUAGAGAGUAUAGCUUCUUUGGAACACUGAAUAUGGAGUCAAAUGGUCAUGCAAGAGUAAGGAGAAAUGAUAUUAUUAAAGAAAAUGGUAAUUCUCAUUUGUCAAAUGUAGAUGAACAUGAUCCAUGGACAGCAUGGGCAUACAAGCCUCGAACCAUCACAUUGUUACUUAUUGGUGCUUGCUUUCUCAUUUGGGCAAGUGGAGCACUUGAUCCUGAAAGAGAUGCAUCUGGUGAUCUUGUCACUUCUGUUAAAAGGGGUGUAUGGGCAAUGAUUGCUGUUUUUCUUGCUUAUUGCCUGCUGCAAGCUCCUUCUACGGUUCUUAUUCGGCCACAUCCUGCAAUUUGGCGCUUGGUUCAUGGGAUGGCCGUUGUUUAUCUUGUUGCCCUCACAUUUUUACUUUUUCAGAAGCGUGAUGAUGCUCGACAGUUUAUGAAAUUUCUUCAUCCUGAUCUUGGUGUUGAACUUCCAGAAAGGUCUUAUGGUGCCGACUGCCGUAUAUAUCUGCCUGAAAACCCUGCAAGCAGGUUUAAGAAUGUUUAUGAGACACUUUUUGAUGAGUUUGUUCUAGCUCAUGUUAUUGGGUGGUGGGGGAAGGCAAUAUUGAUUCGUAAUCAGCCCCUUCUUUGGGUGUUAUCAAUUGGUUUUGAGUUGGUGGAGUUUACUUUUCGUCAUAUGUUACCAAAUUUCAACGAGUGCUGGUGGGACAGUAUUAUUCUUGACAUCUUGAUCUGCAAUUGGUUCGGAAUUUGGGCAGGAAUGCAUACUGUUAGAUACUUUGAUGGGAAAACCUACAAAUGGGUCGGUCUAAGCCAGCAGCCUAAUAUAAUAGGAAAAGUGAAACGAACAUUGGGUCAAUUCACACCAGCUCAGUGGGACAAAGACGAGUGGCAUCCACUGCUUGGUCCUUGGCGUUUCAUUCAAGUGCUUAGUCUUUGCAUUGUAUUUUUGACAGUAGAGCUCAACACAUUCUUUUUGAAAUUUUGUCUCUGGAUACCUCCUCGAAAUUCAGUUGUUAUAUAUAGGUUGAUUUUGUGGUGGUUACUUGCAAUUCCAACAAUUCGUGAGUACAAUUCAUACCUUCAAGACAGAAAGCCAGUGAAGAAGGUUGGAGCAUAUUGUUGGCUCUCUCUUGCCAUUUGCAUUGUAGAACUUCUGAUUUGCAUUAAGUUUGGACACGGCUUGUAUCCUAAACCAAUGCCCAUAUGGCUGGUAAUAUUCUGGUCGAGUGUUGGAGUGGCCAUUGUUACAUUUUUGCUUUUGUGGUCUUGGCAAAUCCAUCGCAGUCUAGGGAACAAGAAGAGGCGAUAAUUUUACAACUACUGCAGUUGCAGCAGUCGCAAUG